AUGCCUCCAAAAAAGGAGAACACUAAAAAAAUAGAAAAAGAAAAGCAGAAAAUUGUAGAAGAUAAAACUUUUGGACUGAAAAACAAGAAUAAAAGUAAAAGUGUUCAGAGGUAUAUCAAAGGCGUUCAGCAGCAAGUAUUUCAAACCAAAAAAAAACCUGACGAAAAAAGAAAAGAAGAAAAAGAAAAAGAAAAAUUAAAUCAGCAGAAGUUACUACUAAAUUCGGUUUAUCUAAAAACAGAGAAGGUCAAAAAAAUAAAUGAGUUAGCUGCAACAUAUGAUCCGAAAAAGUCCAAGGAAUCACAAAAAAUAGAUAUUUACACUGAUGUGCGUGAUAAUAAAAAUGAUAAGGAAAAUGACACUAUAGAUCAGUGGGAUAUUAACAGAUUAACAGAGGUUAUAAAUAUAAGACAUAAAAAUGUAAAUAAAACGGACAUUAUAUGUAAGUACUUUUUAAGCGCUGUCGAAAAUAAGCAAUAUGGAUGGUUUUGGGUAUGUCCUAAUGGAGGUGAUAAUUGCAAGUAUAAGCACUGCUUGCCACAAGGAUAUGUAUUAAAGAAGUCCGAAACGACAGUAGAUGAAAAAGAAGAAAGACCUUUAGAAGAAAUCAUUGAGGAAGAGAGAGCACAAUUUAUAAACAACGGUACUACUGUUACACUAGAGCUGUUCAAAAAAUGGUUAAAAGAAAGAGAGGAAAAGAAAAAACUAAAAAAAGACGAACAAAAAGACAAAACAGAAAAGAAAGGCAGAACGAACAUGUUGUCUGGAAAGGAACUAUUUACCUACGAUCCUACAUUAUUCGUUGAUGAUGACAAUGCCGCGAAUACGAAUGAAUACGAUGAUUUGUUUUAUGAUGAUGAGGAAGAUCAAAAGGAGGAUACACCAGAAAAGAAAAAUUAUGUUAAUGGAAAAGUUGAAAAUGAUAAAAGAGAGGAUAAUAUACCAAUAAAUAGUGAAUUGUUCAUUGACGAACUGGACGAUUUGGACGAAUUGGAUUAA